AUGAGUAUCGAUUAUUCUGCAUUUCUCAAUGUGUCUGCAUCAGUGCCUGCAAUAUGGCACUAUUCAACAGGUCUAGUUUCCCUCUUAUGUCUAUUAUGUGGUUUGUUAUCAAAUGGUUUCCUUAUAUUUAUAUUUAUCAGAGAUCCAAAUUUACGACGACCAAGAAAUUAUUUUAUAAUCAAUCUCGCUAUUACUGAUCUCGGAUUACUUAUUUCAAAUAAUGUACUACAUGUUAUUGCAUCAUUUAAAAAACAAUGGAUAUUUGGACAAAUAGGUUGCAAUUUGUAUGCUGUAUGUGGUGGUGUUUUUGGUCUUGGUUCGAUUGCAACAAUGGCAGCUAUUUCAAUUACUCGUUUAGUAGCAGUAAUCAAUCCAUUUAGUUCAUUGAAAUUAAGUGGUCAAUUUACAAUAAAAUGUCUUAUAUGUAGUUGGUUGUAUAGUUCAGUAUGGAUAAUGCCACCAUUAUUUGGUUGGAAUCGUUUUAUUUUCGAAGGUUUUGGUACAACAUGUACAUUUGAUUAUUUUUCUCAAGGUUAUUGGGAUCGAUUAUUUAUAUUUACAUUAGUCACAGGUGGAUUUUUAAUUCCAUUAUCAGUCAUUAUAUUUUCAUAUACAUUUAUUUUAAUUAAAUUAAAUGGUCGUAGUCGUCAUAUAAUGUUUCGAAAUAGUGAUGAACAAGAUCUUCAAUUACAAUCAAGACAAGCCAAUGAUUAUGAUUUUCAACAAGCAAAUUCCUUAACUGAUGUACGAUGUCAAAGUGAAGCAGCUAUAAUUUAUGAACCAAAUGAAAAUAAUCAAAUAACACGAACUGUUCGUCUUACAGAAGCUCGUGCUAGACGUACAGCAUUAUAUGUAUGUGCUAUAUUUUGUACAGCAUGGGGGCCUUAUGCAUUAAUGGCUGUUUCAUCACAAUUUGGUUUUGAUCGUUUCAUUAAUCCAUAUACAACAGCAAUGCUUGGUUUAUUUACAAAAACAGCAGCAUGUGUUAAUCCAUUAAUAUAUGCACUUUCAUCAAUUACCUUUCGUCAACAAAUAUGUCGUUUUGUAAAUUUUAUGUGUGCAUGCCGACAAACAACUCAGCCUUUAUCAUAA